AUGAGUCGGAUCCUGGCAAAGCUGGACCCUCGGCGAGUCCAGUGGUCAGCCUUCAGCUCCCGAAUCCUCCGGACCAAACCUGUAGAGUCCAUGCUGGACAGCUCGGCUAGCACAGCAGGCACAGGUCCACACGGCACCAGGCUGGCGCGAGUGCUGACCACAGUGGAUCUAGUCUCUCUGGGAGUGGGUAGCUGUGUUGGCACCGGCAUGUAUGUGGUCUCCGGGCUGGUUGCUAAGGAAAUGGCCGGCCCAGGGGUCAUCGUGUCUUUCAUCAUCGCCGCUGUGGCCUCCAUACUGUCAGGUGUGUGUUAUGCUGAAUUCGGUGUGCGGGUGCCAAAGACCACAGGCUCUGCCUACACCUACAGCUAUGUGACAGUGGGCGAGUUUGUGGCGUUCUUUAUCGGCUGGAAUCUGAUCCUGGAGUACCUGAUUGGCACGGCGGCGGGAGCCAGCGCCCUCAGCAGCAUGUUUGACUCUCUGGCCAAUCACAGCAUCAGCGGCUUCAUGAUCAGCCAUGUAGGAACCCUCAAUGGACUGGGUAAAGGUGAGCAGUCGUACCCAGAUAUUCUGGCCCUGGUCAUUGCUAUCCUGGUCACAGUGAUUGUGGCUCUGGGGGUGAAGAACUCUGUGGGCUUCAACAAUGUCCUGAACGUCAUCAACCUAAUGGUGUGGGUCUUCAUAAUGAUCGCAGGACUUUUCUUCGUCAGUGGAGCAAACUGGGACGAAGGACGAUUUCUGCCAUUCGGCUGGUCAGGGGUGAUGCAGGGUGCUGCCACCUGCUUCUAUGCCUUUAUUGGGUUUGACAUCAUCGCCACGACAGGAGAGGAGGCGAAAAGCCCGAACACGUCCAUCCCGUACGCCAUCACCGCAUCACUGGUCACCUGCCUGACCGCAUACGUCUCUGUGAGUGUAAUUCUCACUCUAAUGGUGCCGUACACGGAGAUCGAUGCUGACGCUCCGCUGAUGGAGAUGUUCUCUCGGCACGGCUUUCAGGCAGCCAAAUACAUCGUGGCCAUCGGCUCCAUCGCUGGACUGACCGUCAGCCUGCUGGGGUCACUCUUCCCCAUGCCCAGGGUCAUCUAUGCCAUGGCUGGAGACGGUCUGCUGUUCAGGUUCUUGGCCCAUGUGAGCACUUACACAGAGACUCCAGUCGUGGCCUGCAUCGUGUCUGGGUUUCUUGCUGCCCUGCUGGCUUUGCUGGUCAGUCUGCGUGACCUGAUCGAGAUGAUGUCCAUCGGCACCCUGCUGGCCUACACUUUAGUGUCGGUGUGCGUGCUGUUGCUUCGCUACCAACCCGAGAGUGACAUCCACGGCUUCGUCAACUUCCUGUCUGAGGAGAACGCCAAGAGGAAGGGGGAGGGGGUGCUGGCCGAAUGUGAGAAGGAUGCAUGUUCUCCGGUUAGUGAAGGCGAAGAGUAUGGAGGUCCUCCGACCAACACCUGUGGGGCCAAGAAUCUGCCAUCGUUGGGUGACAAUGAAAUGCUGAUUGGCAAGUCGGACAAAUCCAGCUACACCGCUAGCCAUCCAAACUACGGUACAGUGGAUAUGUCCUCGGGCAUCGAGUCGGACGAGACGGAAAGUGUCUACCUUCAGAAGCUAAAGAAGCUAAUGGGGCCUCGCUACUACACCAUGCGAAUCCGCUUAGGUUUGCCAAGCAAAAUGGACCGACCGACGCCAUCUACUGGCCGAACAGUCACCCGCUGCGUUCUCCUCCUCUUCUUCCUUAUCUUUGGCUUCUGUUCACUCAUCAUAUUCGGUGCGAGCUGCAUUGCAGAGGGUCGCUGGUGGGCCAUAGUGCUGCUAGUGUUGCUAGUGCUGGUCAUCACGUUGCUAAUCUUCAUCAUCAUCCAGCAGCCUGAGAACCCCAAGCGUCUGCCCUACAUGGCGCCCUGCGUGCCCUUCGUCCCAGCAUCCGCCAUGUUGGUCAACGUGUAUCUUAUGCUUAAGCUGUCCAGCAUCACCUGGAUCCGCUUUGCCGUCUGGUGUUUUGUGGGUGUGUUGAUCUACUUCGGCUACGGGAUGUGGAACAGCACCCUGGAGAUCACUGCCUUGGAGGAGGAAGUCCAUGCUAGCACGUAUCAGCGCUACGACAUGGGAGUGGACGACAACUUCGCUGUGGAUGAUGACCUUUACCCCUCAGGCAGAGGCUGGAGACCCCAGAGCCAGGGGGCCAAGCUCCAGUCGAACCGGGAGAACGGGGACCCCAAGGAGGCUCCGACAGACGGCCUGGACAGUCUAGAGAACCACAGGACCUCCUCAUCCCACAGCAGAGCCAAAAGCAAAGGCGGGAAAUCUGGCCCGGGCUUCGAGGCGCUGGUGGUGGACGACGAUUUGGACGACCCGCUGGAAUGAGAAUGUAACCCUGAAUGUACUCGUGUGUCCACAGAACAUGCAGAAACCCUUGGGCUAGAUGGUUACCUCUCCACAGCAAAGUCUCACUUUUAUUUCACUUCGUUUUUUUUUCUUUUUUUUUUUGCUGUUGUUCUUCACUGACUGGGAUCACAAGUUUCUCCUCCAACUACACCUGCAUUUUCUUUGCACAUUAUAAGAUUCUUAUCACGUAAUGUGUGCUUACUCCAAAGACGGAGGCGCUCUUCACUUUCCUUUACGUUCUACAUUUGCCUUUCCUUACAACUGCCACCAAACUCUCGUCUGAUCUCCUCAGAUUCA